AUGACUCCGAAACAGAAACGAAAGCUGAAUUUUGUAAGAAGAAGACCACGGCCACCAGCAGGCGGAGGAUUCGAUCGUCUCCUCCGUCGGCGCAUCGAGUUGAGCGGGAAGAAACACGCUUCCGUCGAUCAAUUGGUGGAAUAUCUUCGCUUCACCUAUCGAGAGUAUGAACGCCACAAGCUCCAGCCUUUCACUAAAGGGGUUCAGCAAAUACUCGAAGAUAUGGAUGAUCGUAAUAAUGAAGAAUAUGAUGAGGAAGGGAUUCCUUCGAGAAGAAAGAGGCUAAAGAAAGUUGAGGAAGAUGAAGAGAAAACGCGACUCAUAGAAAACCAUUAUAAUAAAAUGAGGGCUGGGAGAAUUAAUGAUGAUUUUGAGAAUGAUAUUGGCUCGUCAUCCUCGAUGGCAUCAGCUGCUAGCACUAGUACUUCGGAAUCUGAAUCGAACAACUCAUCAGAGGAAGAUACUUGUACGGAGGAUGCUAUUUAUGAGGAUAAAUCUGAGCCAAAGUUUGAUUUGAUAAAGUCGAUGCUACGUGAUAAUUAUAAUGAAAAAUCAAAGAAAAUGGGGAAAGAGGUAGAAAACAAGGAGGAGAUGGAAAUGGAAGUUGUGACUAACGAGGGCAAGGAGGUAAAUUUGAUGAACGAGAGGCCUAAAACUGGAGGUAAUGGUUUGUCUUUUAUCAAUAACAAAAGUAGUGACAUUCGGGAAAAUAACUCCAAUGGACCACUGUUUAAGGAUUUGGGGGGGAUGAGUGAAGUGUUGGAGAAGUUGGAAAACGAGGUGAUUUUUCCAUAUUAUAACUCACAUGUGCUACGAAGCAUUGGAGUGGAACCGAUGUCAGGGAUCUUGUUGCACGGGCCACCUGGGUGUGGGAAAACUAAGCUAGCCAAUGCCCUUGCCAAUGAGGCCGGUUUUCCCUUUUAUAAGAUAUGUGCUACCGAAUUGGUGUCUGGAGUUUCAGGCACAUCAGAAGAAAAUAUAAGAGAUCUAUUUACUAAGGCCCACAGGACAGCCCCAUCCAUUGUGUUCAUAGAUGAGAUUGAUGCGAUAGCUACUAAACGGGAAAUUUCGAAUAGGGUAAUGGAGCAACGAAUUGUGACACAAUUGAUGUCAUGCAUGGAUGAGUCAUCGAGAAUUGUCAAACCCGUAUCCAGAAGUGGGACUGCUGAGAGUUCGGAUUGUAGGCCUGGGUAUGUACUCGUAAUUGGAGCAACAAAUAGGCCUGAUGCUAUUGAUCCUGCAUUAAGGAGGCCUGGACGGUUUGACCGUGAGAUUUAUAUCGGUGUUCCGGACGAAAGUGCAAGGGUUGAUAUUUUGUCUGUCCUCACUCAAAAUUUUAAAGUUGAAGGUGCUUUUGAUCUUCUGAAGAUAGCUAAGUCCACUCCAGGGUUUGUUGGAGCUGACUUGGCAGCACUUACUAAAAUGGCUGGCAUUCUAGCCAUGAAUCGGAUGGCAUGCGAACGAAAGGCUGAGGUUUGUAAAGGGGAGCCUAGUGAAAAAUGGUGGAAACAACCUUUCUUACCAGAAGAAAUAGAAAACCUCAGCGUCACAAUGGAUGAUUUUGAGAAAGCUGCUAAAAUGGUUCAACCUUCAUCUAGAAGAGAAGGAUUUUCUGCAAUUCCAAGUGUAAAGUGGGAGGAUGUUGGUGGACUUCAAUUACUGAGAGAAGUUUUUGACCGUGACAUAGUUAGGCGGAUUAAGUAUCCCAAAGAUUAUGAGGAUUUGGAUUUAGAGACGGGAAUUUUGCUUUAUGGUCCUCCGGGUUGUGGAAAAACAUUAAUUGCCAAAGCGGUUGCCAAUGAAUCAGGAGCAAAUUUCAUUCAUAUUAAGGGCCCUGAACUUCUCAGUAAAUAUGUUGGUGAAAGUGAGUUGGCUGUUCGGACAAUAUUCAAUCGUGCUAGGAUGUGUUCUCCGUGCAUCCUUUUUUUUGAUGAGGUGGAUGCUUUGACAACUAGACGCGGUCAAGAAGGGGGAUGGGUUGCUGGGCAGGUCUUGAAUCAGUUACUGGUAGAGCUAGAUGGUGCAGAUCAGCGAAAAGGUGUUUACGUAAUUGGUGCCACGAAUAGACCUGAAGUCAUGGACUGUGCCCUCCUUCGACCAGGAAGAUUUGGUAAACCACUAUAUGUCCCUCUUCCCAGUCCACAUGAUCGCGGUUUAAUCUUGACAGCUCUUGGUAGUAACAAGCGUAUAGAUGCAAAUGUGGACUUGAUGGCAAUUGGAAGCAGUGAUGCUUGUAAAAAUUUUAGUGGAGCCGACCUCUCUGCUCUGAUGAAUGAAGCUGCUAUGUUAGCUAUUGAGGAUAAACAGAGUUCGAGGAAUGAGAUUUCAGAUGGUGCACCAUGGAUCAUCAAAGAAAUACACUUCAAGCGGGCACUGGAGAAAAUAACUCCAUCUGUUUCAAACGCGCAAAUCCGAUACUACGAACUCUUGCCACAAAGCUUCAAAGCUGCUUAA